CCUUCCCAUUGUUUCUCUAGGGGAAACAUCUCUGUUCCUUUUCUCUGCUUCAGUUUCUUCAAAUUUUCUGAUGUCGGUACCGGCGUCUUCUGAACAAUACUUCUGGGAUUCGUCGGCCCUCGGAGUCCAGAUUUCUGCAGACUCUCCGUGCUCUGGGAGUUUCGGCAAGUGAUUACCGUACUUGAAUUUGUUGGGAGCACACCUGAACGAAGCCGCCAUGAGUUUGAUCGGUUGGAUUUCCACGGUAAUCAAUGCCGUGUUGCCGCUGCUAAAAAGCCUGUGGGGGGCGUGGGGGAUUCAGCUCUUGGUCGCUGCUAGCCUUGCCUGCCAGAUUGUUCUCGCGAUAUUAGGGAGCCGUCGGAAGUACAUGACGUCCAUUUUUGUUAGCCUCAUCAUCUGGGCCACCUAUUUGCUCCUUACGUACGUCGCGACCCUUGCGCUGGGAAAGCUUACUGUGGUCCGGAUCGAUGAUUAUGAAAAUCAGGUUAACGAUCCGGUGUUGGAAGGGCUACUGGCCCCAUUGCUUCUGAUGCAACUUGGGUACCCGGACAGCAUAAAGGCCUAUGCGGUGGAGGAUAACCGGCUGGGAUUGAGACAGGUUUUGAACAUCGGAGUUACGGUUGUCAUUGUGGUUUGGAUUCUCAUCCGCUGUUGGGACAGCUCGUCCCCUGUCUCAUGGCUGUACUUUCCCUUGUUUGCGGUCGGAAUCGUGAAGUCGGCGGGGUGGGUCCAGGCUCUCCAAUCCGUGUACGAUGAGAACUCGAGCGUGACCGCCGAGGACAUGCGAGAAGAAGCCAGCAUUCAGCAAGUGUUCGAAGAGUUCCCCCCCAAUGAUACGAAGUUCGACUCCGCAAAGGAUAUCCUGAAGGCCUACUUCCGGUUUGACUGUCUGAAGCCGCACCUCGUGGACUGGCUGUACCACCCUCUCUUCAUAUCCCGCGAUUGGAUGUCAAUCGACAGAUACACUGCCCACCGCGCUUUCACCAUGACCGAGAUCGAGCUGGACUUCAUGUUUGACGUGCUCUACACUAAAUGUCCGAUCCUGUACACCAAACGCGGCCUCAUAGGCCGCUUCUUCGGCUUCUUCUGCUUGGUGUCUGCCUUGUGUGGAUUCGCCGUGAUCUUCAGGGAUGCCUUCUUGGUCGAUAUGUACAUCACCUACACCUAUGCGAUACUGAUGGCCGUCACAUCUCUCGAGCUCUAUCAGAUCACGACGCUGGCGUUAUCUGAUUGGGCAGUGGUGAAGAUGUGCACGAACCUGAAGCUGCCGCUCGUCCAAAGGCUCCUCCCACAUAUCUCCGACUGGUGCAUGACGCAGAAAAGAUGGUCGAGGUCGGUAGGGCAGCUCAAUUUAUUCGACACCCGCCUCUUGUACAAAAAAUGGCCGAAGCUUGUCGCCAAGGUUCUUGAUUUGUUUGAGAAAAGGGAGAUCUUCAGGAGGUAUUGGUUACACUCCCGCCAGGACAUCCCCUUGUGCCUCAAGGAACUGGUGGUUCAAAAGAUGACGGAUCUGGAGAGGAAACGGCACCUCCUGCCCUUCACAGAAAGAGGUAAGUGGACGCUCGAGACUCACGGCGUCCACGAGAAUCCAGCCCUGAGCGACAGCAUCGCGACGGAGUUUGACAAGAGCAUCAUCAUCUGGCACGUCGCGACGGAAAUGCUGCACAGAUCGGAGGGGGAGAACUCCGAUGCUUGCAAAGGAAGCAAACUCCUAUCGGAUUACAUGAUAUACCUCCUGGCUCUGCGGCCUUACAUGUUGUCCCUCACCACCGCCGACAUCACGCUGGAGCACGCUUGCCGCGCGCUGAGGCAAUUCUUGAGGGACCGAGACCAUCGCGAAGGAAUUGGUGAAAUGGUGUCGGCGGAUGGAAUCGUCGGCGCCAACGACCCCCCAGGGUGCGAGGCGACAAUUAUCACUCAGGGCUGGCACAUGUGGUCGGCGGAAGGAAUCGUCGACGCCGACCGCACCGCGAUGCGCAAGGCGACAAUUAUCACUAAGGGCUGGCACAUGUUGUCGGAGGUGCGGAAUCUCCUGGUCGAAUUGAGGAUGAUGGACAACAAGUGGGAGAUCAUCAGCAGCAUCUGGGUGGAGAUGCUGUGUCAUGCAGCAUAUAAGUGUCACGUGUAUCACCAUGCCAAGCUGCUGAGAAGAGGAGGUGAGCUCAUCACUCAUGUGUGGCUCCUCCUGGCUCACAAGACAGACAAGUACCACUCGAGCCUCUCUGAAAAUCUUGCCGCCUCGACCAAGUCUCCCUCCUCAGGAAAAGCUUCUUCUAGUUGCCUCCAGGGGAUUUUCUCGAGGAAGAAGUUAAGUCUACAUACGACAGACAGCGCUAAAUGA